GUGGCUGUCAAAAGAAAAACUUCCCCCAGGGGGCGCAGGAACAGCGACACGCAUCUUAUUGCCACGUUGGAUUUGAUUGCCGGCAAACAUGAAGGUGAAAGAAAUAGAUAGAACGGCCAACGUCGCCUGGUCGCCGGCGGUGCACCACCCGAUUUACAUUGCAGCCGGCACAGCCGCCCAGCAGCUGGAUUCUACGUUCAGCACGUCGGCUGCACUGGAGAUAUAUGCACUGAACCUUACGGAACCAGGAUUGGAUAUGGGACUUGUCGGAACGCUAGAUUCAGAUCACAGGUUUCAUAAGAUAGCCUGGGGUUGCCAUGGGAUAUCAGAUGGCGAACUGGCCAGUGGUGUGCUUGUUGGCGGUGCUGACGCUGGCAACCUCCUGGUUUAUGACCCAGCAAAGCUCAUCAAGGGGGAGGAUGCACUCAUCUGCCAAAAGAACAAGCAUACGGGCCCUGUAUAUGCACUUGAUUUCAACACGUUUCAGGCAAAUCUUCUGGCUUCAGGGUCAACGGAUUCAGAAAUCUUCAUCUGGGACCUUAAUAGUCCCAAUGCACCUAUGACUCCCGGGGCCAAAUCUCAGCCACAUGAAGACAUCAGUUGCCUGGCAUGGAAUCGGCAAGUGCAGCACAUCUUGGCUUCUACCUUUCCGGCACGAUGCAUUGUCUGGGACUUGCGCAAGAAUGAGCCCAUUAUCAAGGUGUCGGACACUACUGCCAGGGUGCAUUGUAAGGCUGUGGCAUGGCACCCUGAAGUGGCCACUCAGCUGUGCCUGGCCUCUGAGGAUGACCAUGCACCUGUGGUGCAACUUUGGGAUUUGCGAUUUGCCACCUCUCCACUAAAGACCCUCGAGCACCAUCAGAAGGGUGUUCUGGCUAUUGCUUGGUGCCCACAAGACCCAGACCUCCUGUUGUCAUGUGGAAAGGACAACAGGAUACUCUGCUGGAACCCAAAUUCUAAUGUACAGGGUGGAGAGGUUGUGUGUGAAAUCCCAACUGGCAACCAAUGGCACUUCGAUGUGGCCUGGUGCCCACGUAACCCAGCAGUCAUCUCGAGUGCUUCUUUUGACGGCCAUGUGGGCAUCUACUCGCUCCUCGGAGGGCAGCAGCAGGCCCAGGCAAGCCCCAAGCUUGCGGAGUCCUUUCCUGGUGCUGAUACACUGGCUCAACUGCCACAACAGUACCAGCAGCAGCAACAACAGCAACGGGGUGUCACCAUCUCUCUCCUCAAGCCACCGAAGUGGCUCCGCAAGCCUGUUGGUGCUUCCUUUGGGUUUGGAGGAAAGCUGAUUUCAUUUACCAAGCAACAGCCACAGCAGCAGUCAUCGGGUGGUGUGCCUGUGGCUCAACUGAUUCAUAUCAGUCAAGUAGUAACAGAAGAGGCCCUGAUGACAAGGUCGUCUGAACUGGAGGCUGCUUUGAGCACUGGCACUUUUGCUGACUUCUGUCAGCGCAAGGUUCAAGACUGCCAGGAAGACCCAAACCUGAGGCUCGCCUGGUCUUUCCUUCAGGCUAAUUUUGAGGCAUCUCCAAGGGCUAAAAUGCUUUCACUGCUUGGCUAUGACCCUGAUGAUGUGACAAGCCAGUUGUCUCUAGCUGGCCACGAAUCAGAGGACACUGAUGACCAGGACCUCUCCAAUGACAUUGGCAGCUUGUCACUCAAUGCAACGAAUGGUGACCUUGUGGAAGACAGCACUAGUGCUUUUGACUGCAUUGCUGCAAAGCAAAAGGAAAAAGAGUUCACACCUUUCACUAUUUCUACAAGCUCAGGGGAUGCAGACAGCCUGCUGAACAAGGCGUUACUGACAGGCAACGUGGAGGCGGCAGUGAACUUGUGCUUGCAAGAGGGCCGCUGGGCUGACGCCCUCAUUUUGGCGCAGGCUGGUGGCGUAGCCCUUCUACAGAGAACGCAGUGUCGCUACUUCAAGCAGGCUACUUCAGAUUCAGCAAAGCUCAUUUCAGCUGUUGUUCACUCCAACUGGGUGCAUGUGGUAGAAAACUGUGAAAUCAACUGCUGGAAGGAGGCCCUAGCAGCUGUACUUACCUAUGCCAAGCCUGAAGACUUUGCAGUGCUUUGUGAGGGCCUUGGGAGUCGACUGGAGAAUGAGAACACAUCACUGGUGCCAUAUGCAAUGCUGUGCUAUAUUUGUGCGGGCAACUUGGAGAAGCUGGCGCGCUGCUGGGUGCGGCUCCAAAGCAAGGCUGAUAGUCCACAGUCACUUCAGGAACUGGUGGAACAAGUGAUGGUUCUGAGAGCAGCUGUCAGCCAACUGGGUUCUCAGCCCCAGCCUAUUGAAUCUGGAGUGCUCUCAAGCCUGCUGAGUCGCUACGCUGCACUGCUUGCUGCUCAGGGAAGUCUGAACAGUUCUAUCAACUACCUGCUUGACACCUCGGAGCCUUCACUAGCGAUUCUACGGGAUCGUAUCUGCCAGCACCUAGGCAUGCCGUCACCACACUUCCCAUUUCCAAGAGUUGAAGUCCAGGGUCAGUUCUCAGCACCAUCAGCAGGUGGCAAUGUACAGCAUGGUGGGCGCUUGACAGUGGGAGGCUCCAGAGCGGGCCUUUCAACAUCACUUGGAAGUCGCUUCACUGGCAACACAGGGGUGUCACAUACACGCAUGGCUUCAACAGUGUCAUCACAGUCCCAGUCCUUCUACCAAGGUGGCCAGCAGGUUCCUCCAGCUGCAGCAGCUGUCAACCAGUUUGGCCGCCGAGAUUCCGGAGCAUAUGCUGGCUAUGGGGCAUCGGCGUCUCAGCAUGCAGAGCCGGCCUUCCAACCUCCAGUUGCACCCACGCCACCACCACCAGUGGACUCUGUGGCAUCCAUGUCGCACAGCAAAGGUCCACGGUCUCGGUACCCAAGUGUGCAUGACCCAUGUGUAUACAAUGAACAGCAGCAAGGCUAUGGACAGAGCUACUAUCAACCACAAUCGCAGAUGCCCUACCCUUCUUCGCAGGCACAGAACUAUAUGCCGCAGCCAUACUCACAGUCAAUGCCUGCGUACUACCCUCAGGACCAGGGAUUUGGAGAUCAAAAUUCUACCUAUACAUUAGCGAACUCCACGAUGCCGCAGUACACAAAUGUUUAUGGUGCAUCAGCAGUAUCUUCCAAUGCAUCCAUCCAGUCUUCUCAGCUGUCUCCAUCAGCUGCAGCACCUAGCACAGCUCCAUUGCCAUCUUCCAAUUUGCUGGGUAAUCCACCCCCACCAGGCUGGAAUGACCCUCCUCCUGUGAAACCAUCUGCCAAGCUGUCGCAAGGUGCAUCUGUGCCAACAUUUGACCUGGCAGCCCCCAUCACAACACCCCUUGUUGGUGCCCCAGCACCAGCUGUGCCUGAAGCUGCUCCGCCUAGCUUUCAGGGUGGAUAUGUGCCUCCACCAAUGCCUCAGUUUGCCUCCCAGCCAUUGCCUUCAGGGACACAAGCACUGCCGCAACAGGAUGUUCCUCCUCACCUUUCAAUCCUCAAUCCACUUGCUGCUGCAGCAGCACCACCAUCUCCAGCUGUCCCACCACCACCACCAAAGGAGAAAAGCCCCAUUCCCAAGGAGAACCAGGUCUUACAAGACGUUUUUGAGGAGUUACGGUUGAACUGCGCUCAAGCUGCCGUUAAUCCUCAAAUCAAGCGGAAGCUGGAUGACGUUGCACGCAAGCUUGAAAACCUUUAUGACAGGUUACGAGAAAAUGCGCUUGCACCGGCGACGACACACGGCCUCCACCAGAUUGUGCAGGCCAUCCAACAGAACGACUACGCAACUGCACUGAGCAUUCAUAGCUACCUGGUGUCUUCGUCCAACUUCUCCGAGACUAGUAGCUUUUUACCAGGGCUCAAGGCACUGCUCCAAGUCGCCCAACAGCUAGGGGUAUUCGUGCAAUAGCCCCACACCAUUGUUCCUGCUCGAGUCUUCUGCGCCUAUGAUGCCUUGCCCCUCCGCCACACCUUUGUUGUUUUCCCGUUUUCUCCUACCUUUUUACUAGAAACCAAAAGAGCGCCUUCUUUCACUUUUAUUAAAGAAUGCUGCGUCUAAAUUCCAGUACCGCUUCUGUGAACCCUCGAAAUGAAAAGUGCAACACAACAAUCAUGCCUGUGAGUUUUUACUAUAAUUUUUUUCUAGCUUUUUUUUCAUAGGCUGCUUUUAUAUUUGUAGUUGCUUUUAUGAAGCUGUUUUUACAGAGAGUCCUGCUUGUGAAUGAUGCAAGUGGUUUAUGACCUACUUUUUGGUCUGCUUGCGAGAGUGAAUCGGUAACAAGAGUGUGUGACUAUGCCGGGGUAGUCAUAAGUGUGGUGUGUUUCUCUGAGUUGGGUGUCUGCACUUUGUCGACCUCUUGAGAUGCAGUGUAGAAUUUAUUUUUCAUAAUGUGCGACAUACAAACAGUACUAUUGGACGUUUCCUAACAUAUUUAGUCGUACUGGAGCAACUGUUGAAUUCUUUGGUAAGCCCAAACUGAAAUGGAACUCAUUUACUUCUUGUGGCUUGCUGAUUCAAUUCAGGACACCUGGAGCCAUUCUGGUUCAUGCCUGGUCUUGUAAGGUUUAUUGGUUUAUCUGAAAUGAGUGUCAUGUGUCAAAGGAACUUUUUUUGAAACAAUAAUAAAGGAGCAAGCAUUUAUGGUACUUGAAAAUAUCUACAAUGUUUAUAGGUGACCUUAGCCACUCUUUAUGUUAGAAUGUUUCGCGAUGUGAGAACUAGACAAUUGAUUUUUGUUUCCAUUCUUCUGUGGAUUCCUCGUCAUCUUGGGCUUGGGAGAAGAGAUCUUUCAGUGCUUGCAAUUCCGGUGUGCACUUGUUGCAGCUUGUUUUCAUAUUAAAAGUUUUUACUGCACAAAAGCUUUUACUGAUGAGGAAGAGUGAUGAAGAUGUCGAGGUUAUCCCGGAAAACAGUAGUCUGCUGUGAGUAAUUUAGUUGGUAAACAUGUCAUGUUGAGGGCACAUACUGUGUUGCCAAUACAGAAAGAGAAAAUAUAUACCUAGUGGUGCAGCAGAAUGCAUUGUUAACUUUUUUUUUAGAACGUUGCAGACCUCUAGGUGCUUCUUCUUGAACGACCUGUCACACUUUGAGCAGGACAUGCAUUUGUAUAGGAAUGGACUUCAGUGCUCAAUGCUUUUCAUUUGCAUGAUAGUAUAUCAGGCAGUCUUACUAGCUAGUUAUCCUUGCAAAUAUUAGUUCAUCUUGAAUCUGAUAUUUUUCUCAUCAUGUCAUAGUAACUAUGCAUUCAAGCAAAGUUGUUCUAAAUUUUUUGCUACAAAUCAUUUUCACCAUUUAUAUGUUGCCCUAUAAGCACACUGUUUUCAAGGUUGCAAUGUGAAGAAUAAAAGCAACAAAGAGGCUUUUAUGUUUCUUUUUGUUUUGUUGGCAUAUGUUGUAGGCACUGUGUGCAAAAGCUCUGAUGCCACAUGUUAUUACUGUGCUGAUUCUCAUCAUCGGGUGCUGGUGAACUUUGUGCUGUCUAGUUACUGACAGUGUUAUGCACUGGGCCGGUAUUGGUUGUGGCACAUAUGAAACUGCACUAUAUGUAAUAUUGGAAUUUCCAGACCAAGGUUCUGGAAAAUUGUGGAAAUGGGUUUCAUUUCUGGAAUUUCCACAAAAAUGAUGUAAAGUUUCUAUUAAAAGUCUUAUGUUCUCAUUUUGAGUAUUUGUAAAAAUGAUGGGUCGAGGAUUGCCAAGGUACCGUACAGAGUCUGUAAUACACUACAGCAGCAUUGAAAACAAGAGAAACUCUGUACACUCAUGAGACAAUACGUAUGGCAGUGAUUUCUUUUCCUAACAGUCACUGGAAUUUCAUCUGAGAUUAGGUCUGUGUAGUGGCUGCAGCUUCUCCCUUUAGUUUUAAAGGCAGGUUCAUGCUGUAGCUUUAACUUGCUACUACAUGUAUCACAAUUGCUAUGUUCAAGAGGCAGAAUGAAGUAGCUAAUUUGUGCAAUAAAUGACCCUCUUGGACACCAUUUUGUGUGCAUGGAAUUUCUGAAGCUUACCAGUCAUACUUUCUAAAGUGGAUAAAUAUUUGCAGCCUGUUAUCAUUGUGGAUCUAGCUCAUUUGGCAAUUUUUGUACUUCUACUAGAAGCUGCUGUUUAUAAAACAAAGGCAUGGCGUGCAGCACUCUUGUCAUCUGAGAAAUGUGUACCUUGACAUUGUUGUUGGCGAGAAGCUGCCAAUCUUCUAUAUCACGAACACAUAUAUAUUACGAAGUAACAAAUAAAAAUAGGUUGGUCAUUUUUUAUUUCAA